UGCCAAGCCAUUGACUUGAGGCACUUGGAGGAGAAUUUGAAGCAGACGGUUAAGAACACCGUGAGCCAAGUGGCGAAGAGAGUGCUAACAACCGGCGUAAAUGGAGAGCUUCACCCGUCGAGGUUCUGCGAGAAGGAUCUCCUCAAAGUGGUGGACAGGGAAUAUGUCUAUGCCUACAUUGAUGACCCCUGCAGUGCUACCUACCCGUUGAUGCAAACAUUGAGGCAAGUACUCGUCGAGCACGCGCUGACAAACGGUGAAAGCGAGAAGAACACGAGCACCUCAAUCUUCCAAAAGAUUGCAGCCUUUGAGGAGGAGCUGAAAUCCCUUUUGCCUAAGGAGGUGGAGAGCGCAAGGAUCGCUUAUGAGAAC